UCUGCCAUGGAAUUUCUCGACAAAAAGACAAGACAGAGCCCGUUUCAGCGACGAGACAGACUCUGCAAGACACCAGCUGCUAUGAUGGAGUCAAUGGAAUCGUGUGUCCCACCUGGCUUCCGGUUUCAUCCCACUGACGAGGAGCUUGUGGGAUAUUAUCUGAGGAAAAAAGUAGCCUCUCAGAAGAUCGAUCUUGAUGUUAUUAGAGAUAUUGAUCUAUACAGGAUUGAACCAUGGGAUCUACAAGACAGAUGCAGAAUCGGAUAUGAAGAGCAGAACGAGUGGUAUUUCUUCAGCCACAAGGACAAGAAGUAUCCGACGGGGACGAGGACUAAUAGAGCAACCGUGGCCGGGUUUUGGAAGGCGACCGGGAGAGACAAGGCAAUUUAUGACAAAGCAAAACUGAUUGGCAUGAGGAAAACCCUUGUCUUCUACAAAGGAAGAGCUCCAAAUGGUCAGAAAACUGACUGGAUCAUGCAUGAGUACAGGCUUGAAUCCGACGAGAAUGGUCCUCCACAGGAAGAAGGAUGGGUAGUUUGCCGCGCUUUCAAGAAGCGAACAACUGGGCAAACCAGGAACAAUGAAGGAUGGGACUCAAGCUACUUCUAUGACGAGUCAAGUGUGGUUAGCUCAGUAAUUGAUCCAACUGAUUAUAUAUCGAGGCAGCCUCAGAAUUUCAUGCCACAGAACUUCUUCUGUAAGCAAGAGACAGAAACAGAUAACUUGAGUUUCAUGCAGUCCGAUGAUUUUGUACAGCUUCCUCAGUUGGAAAGCUCAACUCUGCCAUUAAUAAAGAGGCCAAGCUUGAUCUCUCUGAUACCGCAGAACAACAACAGCAAUAAUAAUAACAAUAAGGAUGACGAAGAAGAGGAGCAAGCUAGAGGAUGCAACAUCAACAACCUUAACAAUAACAAGAAGAAAAUAACAGACUGGAGAGCCUUUGACAAGUUUGUAGCCUCUCAAUUGAGUCAAGAAGACAGAUAUAAUUGUGAGAAUGCAGUUUCAAGCUUUGGGGAAGAGAAUAGUUCAGACAUGUCAUUGCUGUUAUUGCAGAGUGGUAGAGAUGAUGAGAACAAGUUUAAUGGAUUUUUAAGUUCGUGCUCUGACUGUGAUAUUGGAAUUUGCAUAUUUGAUAAAUGAUGCAUGAGGAGAAGGGAGUUGAUCAAAAGAAAAAAAAAAAAAAAAAAAAAAAAAAAAAAAAAAAAAA